AAAAGAAUUCAUUGAUGCGGUUAAAGGGAAGCGUUGUCAGCAAUAAUAGGAACACAGAAAGGGUAUAAAGAAAAUCUAAGAGACGAACAAAACUCUUUGAGAGAGAUUUCUUAAUUGUUCAUGACAAUAGAAGUAGAAAACAGUCCAAAAUGAAUAUUUGAGUUCAUUGCUAGUAGAACAUAUCGAAUGCUCAACUCCUAUUGACCAACUCCUCAUCAGUGGCACCAGCGGAACAAUCUUUUUACACCAUGUCCCAUGCAGAAGGAUCAGACAAACCACAGAGAGACUGUAACAUGACAAAUUCUUUCUAGUCUCCCAAUCCCAUAUGUUAGGUGAUUAUAAUUGGUUUUAUAACUUUGAGGAUUAUAGCACUUUCUUUUUUCUUUUGGCUAAAACCUGAGACAGAAAUUAAAUCUGAGGAUUUUUCACACCAUUAGUUUCAUGAGCAAUAUCAUCAGUAUAAAAACAAUGAUAAGAUAUAAUUGUAUCUCAGUGACUCAGUAUAUGGCUAGAAGCAAUCACCUGUGGGAUAACACACAAUGUUGAAUGAUUCAACAUACCACCUGUACCUGGUUCAAAAACCUGUAUAUGGCAUGCAACAAUCACCCAUGAGAGUAUGGACCCCUAGUUAAAUCUACUAAUUUUCUGAGUGGGUUCAUGGAUGACGCAGAUAAUAUAGAGCUUUCAGCUCUGUAAGUUAUUUAGAAGACAACAGGACAAAAAAAGCAUCUUUCUUUCUUUCUCCAAUUAUAUUUCUAUUGUACUGUUUUAUUUUGUGGCUGUGGUUGUCCUUCGAGACUCUUCCUUAAAGUCUAACAAGCCAUAUUACCAUGUAAUGAUGGUUCUCUGAAAACGAAUGAGCUAAUGUUGAUAGUGAUAUCUGGUUCUUUGAUCUUUCCUUUAGCUUGUUCUGUUUGAAUCUUUUUUUGCAACAGGAACGAUGAACUUUCCUCUCUUCUCAUCCCUGAGAUUAGUUCUUCUAGCCAGUUUUUUAUCUGGGUUUCACACCUUCACUAGCCAUGGAUUCUCCAUCAAAGAAGCAACCAUAAGUGAUCUACAACUCGCUUUCAGGCAAAACCAACUUACUUCAAGGAAACUAAUUGAGUUCUAUAUUGGAGAAAUCCGUACACUCAAUCCUGUCCUAAGAGGGGUUAUAGAAGUGAACCCAGAUGCAAUACACCAAGCUGACAAGGCUGACAAGGAACGCAAGGCCAAUGCACCUGUGUCCCUAUCCCCUUUGCAUGGCAUUCCUGUCUUACUCAAGGAUAAUAUUGCAACCAAGGAUAAGCUGAACACCACAGCCGGUUCAUUUGCAUUGCUCGGUUCAGUUGUGCCUCGGGAUGCAGGCGUUGUGGUGAAGCUGAGAAAAGCUGGAGCUAUCAUACUUGGAAAGGCUAGCUUGAGCGAAUGGGCUAAUUUCAGGUCAUUCGAAGCACCCAAUGGUUUCAGUGCCAGAGGUGGCCAAGGAAAGAAUCCCUAUGUUCUAUCAGCAGAUCCUUGUGGGUCAAGCAGUGGUUCAGCCAUAUCAGUCGCAGCAAACAUGGUUGCAGUGUCAUUAGGGACUGAGACCGAUGGCUCCAUCCUUUGUCCCUCCGGCUCCAACCUAGUAGUGGGCAUCAAACCAACGGUUGGACUCACCAGCAGAGCUGGGGUCAUACCAAUUUCUCCUAGGCAGGAUACUGUUGGGAAUGUAUGUAUCAGUCCUAUAUGCAGGACAGUAUCAGAUGCUGUUCAUGUUCUUGAUGCAAUUGUAGGCUUCGAUUAUAACGAUGGUGCGACAAGAGAUGGAUCGAAGUAUAUGCCAUAUGGAGGCUACAAACAAUUUCUCAAGACUAAUGGUCUCAAGGGGAAGAGACUGGGGGUGGCCUGGAAUCCAUUCUUCGAAUUACUUGAAGGAUCUUUACCAGCUCAAGUUUUUGAGAAUAAUCUUCAAAUACUAAGACAUGGAGGUGCAGUUGUGGUAGAAUAUUUGGAAAUAGCCAACAUUGAUGUGAUCUUCAAUUCCACUUUGAGUGGUGAAGAAGUAGCAUUGCUGGCUGAGUUCAAAAUACACUUAAAUGCAUACCUGAGAGAGCUGGUGGUAUCUCCGGUAAGAUCUUUAGCAAAAAUCAUAGCCUUCAACGAGAACAACUCUGAUUUGGAAAAGAUCAAGGAAUUUGGUCAAGAAAUCUUUCUCGCAGCAGAAGCCACAAACGGACUCGGCAAAGCAGAGAAGGCAGCUCUGUUGAAUCUGGAACGACUUACAAGUGAUGGUUUUGAGAAACUGGUGAGGGAGAAUGAACUAGAUGCUCUGGUAACCCCUGGUGCUACAAUUGCUCCUGUUCUUGCCAUUGGCGGGCUCCCAGGAAUUAGUGUUCCCGCGGGCUUUGGUAACAGAGGAAUGCCUGUUGGGAUUAGCUUUGGGGGAUUAAAGGGCACAGAGUCGAAGCUGAUUGAGAUUGCCUACAGUUUUGAACAAGCUACUAAAAUUAGAAAACCUCCUGCAUUUAAACCUUGAAGAAACAGAUGAGCAUAUCUUAAUGUUUUAUGACUUGUAUCAAUAUUUGUCAAGAACAAGGUUGACAAAGUGCGCAAUUAAAUAAAACAAAAUUCACGAUUGCGA